AUGAUUGACCUGAUCUUGUACAUUCAGUGUGACUUGUCCUCCGUCCCCUUGGAAUGCAGCACAGCAGCAACAGUGACUUCUCCCUUUCCUCCUACACCUGGUCACUACCAUGUCCCCUACCGAAAGCAGGGAGAACCCCGAGUGGGCUGGCACGGGGAGACAUACUGCCUGGUCAGUGGCUGCCGGUCCUUUGGGGAUGCCCCUUUGCCCACCGGAGCAAAGGUGAAGGCAGGGAUGCCAGGCCCCAGAGGAGCACGUAAGAGACAUUAUCCUGUGGAAUGGUCAAACAAAGACCUCGGCUGCUCCAGCCCCAAAAUUCCAAGACUGGAGCAUGACAGCAAGAGGCUAACCCCUCAGAAGCUCACCCCAGAAAAGAUGGAGGUAGAAAAGCCAGACCCCAGACCAGCACUUAAGCGACAUCACCCUGUGGAAAAGUUGAACGAAAACCUUGGUUGCUCCAGCCCCAAAAUUCAACGACUGGACUAUGGUGGCGGUAGGCUGAGCCCACUGAAGCUUGCUGGCUGA